CGUGUGUUCAAAGGUGAAGUGAUUUUUGAGUUUAGUAAAUGACUGCAGCAAGAAAUACAGCGGGGCUCUCUCUGACCGUGAGCGUUGGCCUAUGGGAGGCAAUGGAAGGAGAGGCUAGUCGCAUCCCGAUUUCACUCAUUUUGUUAUUAUUACGAGGAAUCUAAAUGCAAGAAACCGACAACGAUUUGUGAGUUCCGAACUUGACCCGACAAUGGAAGUCGCUCUCUGCAGCAGUUACAACUCACCCCUGGGAGUCAGCUACGUAGAGACAGCGAGUACCUGCAGAAAAACAUCAGUCAGCACCGCCAGGGUACCUACAACUACGUGUGGCUUGAAAGCAACACCUCUGUUUUUGGGAUGCAUAUAAGAGAAAGCGUGAAGAAAAAAACACUGACUACGUAUGUAUAUAUUUCGUGUAACAACUGUGGAAUUCCUCUACUGUUCUAGGGGUAAGGGAUAUUCAACCACGUAGUUAAAAAUCUCCUGAGAUUGAGACAUUCAUUGAGACGCAGAGCACAUACAUUGCCGAAUUUAUCACUGAAGGAGGCAUGUUCAAAAUCACAAAUUCCCCUUGCAACAAAAACCUUAUUGCCGUUAUGGAUCGCAUAGAAUAAACGUCGAAGUAUCUGUGAUAUCGUACCCACAAAGCAGCACCAACUAACCUGAGCUGAGUGAUAUUCCGCAAACCGCGUCUUUCGCUGUCCGUGGUCCUGAAAAAAGUACUGAUUUUGGGGUUAUCCGAGGAAAAAGGAUUGCAUGGUUUGGGCGAUUAUGAAAAUCUUGUGGUUUUCUUGUGACUCUGGAAUCUGAAAGAAGCAAUAGAAGAAUUGCUCACCUUGGAGGUCCAAAAUCAUUCAAGGAAUUGGAAUUCUACUCUAUCGGUGCUCCCGGAGCUGUAGAUAGCCCGAAUGAGACCGGCAAAAAUGUACCGAAUAAACGCUCUCGGGAUUUAUCUGUGGGAAACAAUAGUCUUUUUCAGCUUGGCAGCCUCUAAAGAAGCUGCGGCUCGAAAAGCUGCCACCCCAAUGCCCCCCUCGGAGUUCUUGGACAAACUCAUGGGCAAAGUUUCGGGUUACGAUGCAAGAAUCAGACCUAAUUUUAAAGUUGCAGGGGUCCCCCCGGGUGGAAGAGACCCACAAGGCCCCAAAACAGAAGCUUCUCACAAGAAAGGUCCCCCUGUAAACGUAACAUGCAACAUUUUUAUUAACAGUUUCGGAUCCAUUGCUGAAACAACGAUGGACUACAGAGUGAAUAUCUUCCUGAGGCAACAGUGGAAUGACCCCAGGCUAGCCUACAGUGAAUACCCCGACGAUUCUCUCGACCUGGAUCCGUCUAUGUUGGAUUCCAUCUGGAAACCUGAUUUGUUCUUCGCCAACGAAAAAGGUGCCAAUUUCCACGAGGUUACUACCGACAACAAGCUACUAAGGAUUUCUAAAAAUGGGAAUGUGUUGUAUAGUAUUCGAAUAACAUUGGUUCUGGCCUGUCCUAUGGACUUGAAGAACUUUCCCAUGGACGUCCAGACCUGCAUAAUGCAAUUGGAGAGUUUCGGCUACACGAUGAACGAUCUCAUAUUCGAGUGGGACGAGAAGGGAGCCGUGCAGGUGGCAGACGGCCUGACUUUACCUCAGUUUAUACUCAAAGAGGAAAAAGACCUUCGGUACUGCACCAAGCACUAUAACACAGGAAAGUUCACCUGUAUCGAGGCUCGUUUCCAUCUGGAGAGGCAGAUGGGCUAUUACCUGAUUCAGAUGUACAUCCCCAGCCUUCUGAUUGUCAUUUUGUCCUGGGUGUCUUUCUGGAUCAACAUGGACGCUGCACCUGCCAGAGUGGGACUGGGCAUCACCACCGUGCUCACUAUGACCACCCAGAGCUCCGGGUCUAGAGCCUCGCUCCCCAAGGUAUCUUAUGUAAAGGCCAUUGACAUCUGGAUGGCUGUUUGCCUCCUGUUUGUCUUUUCGGCCCUGCUUGAGUACGCCGCAGUCAACUUCAUUGCUCGCCAGCACAAGGAACUGCUGCGCUUCAGGAGGAGGAGACGGCACAUGAAGGAGGACGAGGGCGGUGAGGGCCGGUUCAGCUUUGCCGGCUACGGCAUGGGACCGGCCUGCCUGCAGGCCAAAGACGGCAUGGCCAUCAAAGGCAACAACAACAACGCCCCAACCGCCACAGCUGGCCCGCAGGAGAAGACCGUGGAAGAGAUGCGCAAGCUCUUCAUCGGCCGCGCGAAAAGGAUCGACACGGUCUCCCGUGUGGCUUUCCCGCUAGUCUUCCUCAUUUUUAAUAUUUUCUACUGGCUCAUAUACAAGAUCAUCCGAAGCACGGAUGUCCACCAGAUGACGUAAGCAAGGGAAGAGAGAGAGAGAGAAAGAGAGAGAGAGAGAUUAAUCGAGUUCAAUACCACGCCAUCCUGCUCUCAAAGCCAAUAUUCCUUGCUCUUCACUUGCUCACUUGCUUUCGGUGGCUUUAUAGCCUUGGCAAACAUAAUUUAUCAGUAUUAUUAUUUUCUUUCUUUCUCCCCCUGUUUUUUUCCUGAAUAAUCCGGACCAGUGCAAUAGCAAUGCAGUAAAAUGCAUGAUUUAUGAAUGUGGCAAUAUAUUUAAAAAAGAAGAAAAAAUGAUCAAGAAGUAAAAAUUAAGACUUAAAGAAAUCCAAGAACUUCAGAAUUUAUGAUAACUGGGAACUUGAAAAGAUCGAGAGAGAUGCUCUUUUUUUUUCGCAACUUGAAGGCAGAUACUGCAUUAUAACAAAGAAGUAGUUGGGUAAGGAUACUGCACUGUAACAUAGCAUAUAUCUAUCAUACAUUUAAAAACUGUUAGUUCUUCAAAAGGCCCAUGUGUCUGGAUGGAACACCCAUGGAGGGAUUUUUAAAGGACUCUAUGACAAUUCGGUGCUUCCAUGACUAAAGUGAUGCAAGGAUCAUGUGUCCUUUAUAUCUAAAUUUGCUUCAAUGUGUAUUGCAAGCACUUAUCAAUGCUUUCCCUACGACCGCAACAAAAACUGAGUUUUCAUUUGGUUGAUGCUGCUAUCAACUACAUGAAGGAAACCUGAUGAGUAGGAAAGUGAAAAUAAUAUUAUGUUGUUUAUAAAUGCUGUGGUCAACGUGUCUGUCUGUCCUGAUAUUACUUUAUUUUUUAAACUCUUGAAUAUUAUUUUAAAUGUUUGUGCCAACUAAGUAUACAUCAUGUUGCUGUAAUCAGCUCAAAACUUUUCUUGGGAACUCUUUUUGUAGAGCUCUUGGGAAUUCUGAAAGGAACAUUUGCCAUCAUUUACAUCCAAUCCAUACUAAUUCUAAGUUAAUCUACACUGGAAUUUUAUUUUUUAAAUCAUGAUUCUUCCUAAGCAUUUAAUUGAAGCUAUAAUGUUAACUUUUGUCUACAUCUUUUCAUUGGUGGUUACAUAUUGCCUAAUUACCAUAAGAUACCCAGCAGACAAUGGAGGUAAAUGUAGUGAGUGAAAAUGUAACAAGCAAAAACCUACUGUACCUUAAUUACUCCCAUUGAUACAAUAACACACAUUCAUAUUCGUAACCCAAAAAAACACCAAAACACAUUUUCAUCCUUUAUAAAAUAUGCCGAAAAUUCACUAGUUUGAUACUUCAACUGCAAAUGAAUAACAACAGCAAAUCAGUACAUUUUAUAGCUUCCACUACAACAGUAUACCAUGCAACUGGUUGAUCAAUUUAAGAUCCUGAAUUCCAUCACUUCUCACCAGGCUUUUCUAUGCAAAAAUGAACACAUGCAUUUAUUUUUUUAUAAGCUUUACCAUUCAUCAAAACAUUAUCAGGAAUUGGUUCGAACUUGGCGUCAACUUUUUAAAAUCUAAAAUCACAUAUUUGAUGGUAGAUAUACAUGCAUCCAAGUUUUUGCCUAGGCCUUCAUAUCGACAUCCCAAGCACGGUGUAAACUGUUCGCUCCUAGGUAUUACUAACACAUUUAUGUUCAGCUACCAGCUACAUGCUGGCCAAGCUGUGUGAGUAGCUUUUCAAAUUACACAUCUUAGACUUUUUCAAUCAGUCAGCCCAGCUUUGGUAUCAUUUAACCAUCUUAAAAUGUUGUCACCAAGCCCCAGAAAUUAAGUCUACGCUACCACAAAAAUGUUGGCCUGAAAUACUGUCAUGGCUGUGUGACUCAGAAACAGUGAAAAUUUGUGAAAUUUGUUUUUACCACGUCUGACAGAAUAGAAUUUUCCUUCACUUGUUUUUAUUCAAAACCAAAGAAGUGUUUUGUUAACCUAUGAUCAUUGCCUUCCUGGUUUGUUGUUGCGUAUGAUGACAUAAGAGGAAAGAUGUCAGAACCCUUUUGAAACAGAUAGUAUGCAGUGGUUCAGAAAAUUGUUAGUUGUUGUUGUAACUCAAAUCAAUCCAGUUCAUUCCAUUGAGUUUCCAGUGUGAGGAUAAUGUGCUUCCAUUUCUUUUUUGGUAAUAUGAUACUCAAUUACUAUAUAAUAUAUUUUGAUAUGAAACUUUUUCUGCUUCUUUAUCCCUGUUUUAUUCUUCUUGAAAAGUGUACUCCAUUACUUUUUUAACAGGUCAUAGAUUUUUGAAUGUGUUAUUGACAGUUUGAGGUAGUUUGAUGUUUGAGGCUUGAUGGACUUGCACAAGAGUUUUAAAAAAGGAUUUUGGUUAUCAAUUUCUUAAAUUCAUAUCUUCUGGUAUUUCAAAUGAGAAAAGAUUUAUCUAAACAUGUUUGUGUGUUUCCAAUGGACACUGAGUCUGUGGUUAAAUUAAUUCGAAGGGCUAUGUUUUGUAUUAGUGUUAUUUUAUCCUUAAAGCAUACUUAAAACGUAUUGGCCAUUUACAAAAUCAGCACAGUAUUCCUUAUUUUUGAAAAUGCAUGAUGAUUUGUUCAAAGAUAUCUCUGCAACAUAGACUACAAUAUUUCAGCACAGAUUUAUAUCAUGAAACCUUUCUCAGUUUUGAGUUCCUCAGCCAAAAAUGUCAAUUUAAUACAAUGCUAUAGUGUUGAAUAUGCAACCAACUAGGAACCAAUCAUUUACCUCCACUUCACCACCAUGCUAUUCAUUCAUCCAUUCUAUAGUCAUGGAUUGAACUCUGCCCUGACCAAGUGAAGGAUCACUUUGCUUGGGAAAAUGCUACAGAAUUUAUUGUAGCCAAUUGCUUAUUUAAGAUGCAUUAUUACUAGCGACCUGUCCAGGGGGUGUACUUGUACAUCAAGCUGCCUCAUGCUACAGAAACAGGAGAUAGGCUCCAGGGUUGGGAUCAAUUCCAAUUGAAAUUGAAAUUUAAUUCAAUUCAAGAUAGCCCUGGAAUUUGAAUUGAAUACAUGGAAAUUUACAGGCAGAAGGAAUUGAAUUGGAAUUGAAUUUAUGGAAUUUACCCUAACCCUGAUAGGCUCCUGCCCUACGGGACAAGGGGCAGGGGCUCGGACAAGGCUUACUUUGUUUAUUAUGUUAUGCAAGAUGGAAAUUACACUUGCUGCUCUGAAUAGAGAACUCCAAGAAGGUCUAGCGUAUUCUAGAACACUGACACAUUCUAGAACAAGAAUUGUAUGUUUAACUUAAUUGCUCAGCAGAUCAAUGUUCAAAGUAUGGAACUGGUUGGAAUGUCUAUAAUGAUGGGUUGAACUCCAUUGGACAAUUGGGACUUCCUACAAUUCCUACAUAUCAACCUGACCUAUCACAAUGUCAAAUAUUAUUGACAAUGAAGGAAGUUCAUAUAAUAUUUGUCAUAUAGGACAGUGUAAUAUGAUACUGGUUUGAACAUUUAAAGGUAUGAAAUUAAAUUAGCAUGUUCUGUUUUUUUGUUAGUAAUUGCUGAUAACAACAGCUGUUUGAUUCUGUUUAUUGUAUUUCUAAUACAUACAAUGCCCUGGUUAUGGUGACGCACUCACCACCCAGAGAUAGAGAUGGACAUGGAUAAAUAACCAGUCAUGAACUGAACUGUUAAAAAAAGGGAAACAAUUUUCUUUCUUUUUUCUUUUUUGCACAAGUUGGAAUGGCCUUAAUUUUGGUUUACUUGCUUAAAUAUUGUGUAUUGGCACAAAGUGCACAUGUUGAUUUGCGAAUUACAGUUAUCAUAAUAAUCCAAGAGUGCACUUCAGAGCAGGAAAAAAGUUCAGCAAAUCCUUUAUUUUUCAUUAAAAUCUGAAAACACUGAAUAUUUUGCAUGAGUAUAAAUACAAUGGCAGAUAUUUUUGGCUUGUACAAAAAUGUGAGCAAUUUGAAGAAAAAAGGAAUGUAUAAUUUCUGCUGUAAAUGUAUAUAACUAAAUAUUUAUUGAAAUAUGUCAUUAUAACUAAUUCUAAUUACAAUUAAAGGUUUUCUGAACAAAAAGCUCUACAUGUUUUUGAAACAUUUUCAAAGUUGUCGGUCUGUGUUGGACUAUUUAUUUCUGUUACCCAACUCAAGGAUCUGUGUAUAAUCAUAAAAAGUAUUAAAAAUUGCAAACAAAUCACGGAUGCAGGUUGUUGUAUUCAUUCUGCUAACUAGCAAAAAGCCCUUGAGUAGACUAACACAGUAAAUUUAUUAAAUAUAAUUAACUGAUUUCUUAUUGCUAGGUACAAUUUUAAUAAAUGUUCAGACAUAUUUCACUUCUGCUGCGAUCUGCCAAAAAAGCUAUAGGCUUGAAAGUAUUGGGAUUCACCAUUGCAUUUCGACCAUUAAAGCUAUAAACACCAAUAAAAAAUGUACACACUUACUCAACUUUGAUUGCUAAAAGAUUAUUGAUGUUAUUUGUAAUUUUUUAACUAUAACCUUAUUAAAUUGACAAAAAGGCUACGAUAGACAUCAAAGAUCUAUUUUAACCCUGGUCCACAUUCAUGGACAUUAUAGCUAGCUUUGAUUCAGUUUGUAGACAAUAGCUUUCUCUUUUUCAGGGCCCAGACAGUAGCUAGCUCUUGUUUUGUAAAUAUUUGUUAUCUCUGUUUCAGGUAAAAUACAUUUGACCUCUGGCCCAGGUCAUAGUCAUUAGCGAGGUCUGGUCAAGGUCAUAGUCUUAAAAAAAAUUUAUGACUUAAGUAGAUCUAGGCCAAUUCUGGUCCAGGGCAUAGGCAUAGACAUCACUAAAAAAACGUAAAAAUAUAAAUCUGUAAAACUUUCCAACUUCCCAUCUCUAGUGUUUGAAUGUGGAUGGAGUUACUCAUUGUGAGAGCAGUAAACAUUUUGGUAUGGUUUUUCUUCCUCACCCACACUCUUUUACAGGGGCAGUAGCACAGUGCUAUUUAUUGAUUCAGAUCUUUCACCAAAUGUCAUCAAUUUGAAUCUUUACAAGCAACUUGUUCAUAAUAGGGGCAUAGUCCUGCUGUCAUUUUUACCAAGAGAUUUGUUUAAGUGUGCUUUAAAUGAUGUAGAUCGUCGUUAAUUGUAGAUCAUCGUUUUGCCACUCAAAUAAUGUAAUUUAUUAAUACUUUAGAAAUCAUGUCUCCAUGUGACUAGACUGUGAAUUGAUCUUUGUGCAAGGCUUGACUUCUGUAAAGGUGAUAAUGAGCACAAUAUCAAUCAAUAUUAUAACUGAACCCGCGUCUGCAAUGUUUAGUUUGAGUUGGUUGUGUAUGUUUGGUUUUAUAAACCCCUAUCUGUCGUAACAUUCAAUAAUCAAUUCAAUGUAUUUAUUCAUGCAUCAGUUAUAAUUGUUUUAUUGUUCUAGAUUUUCUUCCUGCAGCCUGAUUUGUUUUAUCUGUGCGCAGUCGCUAGACACCUGUUGGUCUGACCAUGUAUCUGGACCCACUGACCCGGAGCACCACCAGUCAAUCACAGUGCAUACAUGUUUUUUAAAUAA